AUGGCGGCGAGCGAGGUGGCGAGCACGAGCGCGCUGCGGCGCAUUAUGAACGAGAUCGUAGGGAGCCGUGCGGCCAAGGCACGGGUUGCGCAGGAUGGGCGGCUCGCGCAGGUCGCGGCGCUCCUCGUGGCGCCCGGUGUCGAAGGCGACGUGCGCAUUCUCGCAGCAAACAUUCUGGGCUCGGUGGCGCAGCACGCGUCGCCGGCGACGCUCCUGGCGCUGCUGCGCGCGGACGUGCCGUUCCUACUCCUGACGCGCCUCGGCGCAGUUGCCGCAGACGUGCGGCGCGACUCGGGCCUCGGCGCACGCGAGCACCACCGGGCGCUCGAGUCGAUUCUUCGCGCGCUGCGUGCGGUAAUGUGCUCCGUCUCUGAUCAGAUUGGCUACUCGACGCGCUGGGGCGUCGGCACGGGCUGGGGCUUUGCGUCGAUGGCGGGCCUCGAGCACAUCGACUCGCGCAACUCGGAGCUGGCGUCGAACCGCCCGACGGCGCACUCGCUGCGCCAAGACACCUCGUGGCACGCCGCGGGGCCGUCCGCGGUCGCGGUGCGCACGACGAUCGCCGAGGCGUGGGUGCCGAUGGUCGAGCACGCCGCAUGGGUCGACCGCCACUCGGAGCGCGACGAUGCGCGCUCGUCCAAGGCGGCGCGCACCGAAGACGAGCCGAUGCUCCGCCCGAGCUCCGACCGUGCGAACAGCACCGAGUACCAGGCGAUGUGCGCUAGCAUCGACGAGGGCGCGGCGCUCGACGAGCAUGACGCGUUCGCGGCGCUCAACUGGCUGUGCCGGAGCGCCGUGUCGAUGGUAUUUGAUAUGAAGUCCCUGCAUCUGCUCCUCGGCGCCAUGCUCCUCGCCUACGACGCGCUUCCGCAAGAGAGCGGGGUGAGUGCGCCGGGCGCGGCUGCGAUCCGCUCCCGCUCGCACGUCCUCCAGGGACGGAAUCAGGCAUUCGGCAUGAUCGAGACCGUGAGCGAGCUGCUGGCCGCGUGCAUGGCCAUCCCCGGGAUCGAGCACUACCACACCUCGGUGGCGGCGAUGCGCCUGCGCCUCACGCGCGCCCCUGCACCGCUCCAGCAGCUGUACUCGCCGCAGGACGAGCUCGAGCGCCGCACGACCGCAUUCGCGCACUUUGCGCCGUGGGACAGCCCGUUUGCCAUGCAGGACGGCGCGGCGUCGUCCGAAGGCGUCAGCAGCACCGCCGUCCGCAUCCUCCUGGGCGCGGUCGGCUCCAACGCCCCAAAGGUGCAAGAGGCCGUCUUGUGGAUUUUGCACGAGCUCCUGGCCAGCUCGCAGCCCGAAGGCCUGCAGCGCCUCGUGUCGGUGCACGCGCCGAGCGGCACGUCGCUCCCGUCGGUGGUCUAUAGCCUGGCGCAAAGCCGCACACGUACCGUGCGUCUCGCGGCGUACUGCUGCCUGGCGCAGCUGCUGCGCUCCGAGUCGGCGCCGAUGGCGCCUGCGGCGCUUGUCCAGGGCAUGGUCGGCCUGCUCGACGCGAGCGGCGCGGUGCAGGUCCAGGCGUGCUUUGCCCUGUCGCGACUCGUGUGCGACCGGCCGGAACUGCAGGCGACGGCCGUCGAGCGUUUCCAGGCGUGCGAAAAACUCGGCGCAAUCCUGCAGCACACUUCGGCGAUCGUGAAUGCGCAGGCGCCCGAGCGCGGCGCGAUGGCGAUGGACGAGCUGACGGUGCGCCUGCACGAAGGCUGCCUCACUGCCCUCUCGUCGCUCGCGGUGCUCAGUGAUACGGUGCGCCGGCGCGUCGUGGACUGCACGCCGUCGUUCCUAUCGGGCAUCCUCCUCCCGUCGCUCUCGUCGCGUGCGGUCGGCGUGCAGGUCGCGGCGUGCCGCAUGGUGCGCAUCCUGAGCCGCACGAUCGGCAUCCUCCGCACGUCGCUCUUUGACGCGGGCUUUGCCGACCGCCUGCUGGAGCUCCUGAAGCAGGACGAAAACGAGGUGAUCCACACCGAGAUCAUCGCGACGAUCUGCAACAUGCUCGUCAAGUUCUCGCCCAUGAAGCAGUUCCUCGUGGAGCACGGCGGGCUCGAGGCGCUCUCCCGCUUUGCCCGCAGCCCCCACGGCCCCGUGCGGCUGAACGCGCUGUGGGCCGUGAAAAACGCCGUGUGGGACAGCGACUCGGCGUUCAAGGAGCGCGUGAUGGAGAUCUUUGGCUGGGACUACCUCGCAGAGCUCACGCACUCCUCCGACGGGUGCAUCCAGGAGCAGGCGCUCAACAUUGUGCGCAACCUGACCUCCUCGCCGCAGGCCGAUAUGGGCCGCACCGAGAUCGACAUGACGCUCGAGCGGUUCGGCGAGGAGCGGCUCCUGGACGCCAUCGAAGAGGCCGUGUGGUCGCUGCGCAACGACGGCGCGACCGAGCAAGCGGCCUUUAUCCUCGCCAACAUUGCCUCGGGCUCGGAGCGCCACCGCGCCCUGGUCAUCGACCGCCCCAACCUGAUCGACGCGCUGUGCUACUUUUUGCGCCACGCGAGCCAUGCGAUCCGCGAGGCGGGCGUGCGCUGCGGCUUCAACCUGUCCUACCACAUUACCGACUCGGCGAGCGAGGCGAGCGCAGACGCCGUGUGGCACCGCGCCGUGGACCGCCUGCGUGCGUUUGGCUACGACAAGCUCCUCAAGGAGCUCGAAUAUGACCCUGACCUCAACGUGCGCGACCGCGUACGCGAUACACUCGCGCAGAUCUAA